AUCGUCGUAGGUUAGUUAUUACGUCAAUGAUGGCGCAGCUUCAUAAGCGUCGACAGGAGCUCGGCGCCAGAGACGUGACACCUGAAGGAGCAUCCUCUCAAACUGAAACAGACACGUCUGGUGACAGCUCCACGGUGUUCGUGAAGCUGCUGGCUGCGGCAUUUUACGGAGUCAGUUCAUUUUUCAUCGUUGUUGUCAACAAAAGCGUCCUCACCAGCUACAGAUUUCCAUCGUCAACAUGUGUCGGAAUCGGCCAAAUGCUUGCAACAAUCGUACUUCUGAGGACUGGCAAACUCUUUGGUGUGAUCUCAUUUCCAGACAUGGAUAUGAGUAUACCAGGGAAGAUGUUUCCGCUGCCUUUGCUGUAUGUUGGGAAUCAAAUAUCAGGGCUCUUUGGAACACAACGACUCAACUUACCCAUGUUUACAGUUUUAAGGAGGUUCAGUAUUUUACUUACCAUGGUGUUUGAGGGACUCUUGCUGAAAAAGACCUUCUCCACAUCAGUAAAAAGCACAGUCUUUACUAUGAUCAUUGGUGCCUUGAUUGCUGCCAGCGAUGAUUUAGCGUUUGACCUUGAAGGAUAUGUGUUCAUAAUGCUGAACAAUGUUCUGACAGCAGCCAGCGGGGCUUAUGUGAAGCAGAAACUUGACUCUAAGGAGCUCGGAAAAUACGGACUCCUCUACUACAAUGCUCUGAUCAUGAUUUUCCCCACUGCGGCGUAUGCUUACUACUCAGGGGACUUUCAAACCGCGCUGGAGUACAAUGGAUGGUCUGAUGUGAUGUUUGUUGUGCAGUUUGUGCUCUCCUGUGUCAUGGGCUUCAUCUUAAUGUACUCCAUCAUGCUGUGUACGCAGUACAACUCAGCUCUCACUACCUCCAUCAUCGGCUGCAUUAAGAACAUCCUGGUGACCUACAUUGGCAUGGUGUUUGGUGGAGACUACAUAUUCAGCUGGACUAACUUCAUAGGUCUAAAUAUCAGCAUUGCUGGUAGCCUGGUGUACUCCUACAUCACCUUCACACACGGGCAAACGAGUAAGAACAGUUUAAAAAAGGCAUAAACAAUGGAGACAGGACUGGACACUGAAAACCUACAAACCUCUAGGAUGCUUUUGAUGUUGCCUGAGUGUUGUACAUGGUGACAUUAUUGAGUUUGUUCUAAAUGUCUGCACACUUGUUUGCUACAAUCAUGUAAAGUAAUAAGAUGUUAUUAAGUUUUUUAAUUUUUGAUUAAGAUAAAGGGCCUUAUAUUUUUUUAAUUUCAUACAAACUAAUAAACAAAUAAAGGAUGUA